AUGUCUUUCCCGACUUUCAACAACGGGAACAUUGCGAAUGAGACCAUGGUCGAAGACUAUGUUCAGUCUCAUCUUGCAGGGAAUUAUGUUUUCAAGCGUGGGAAGAAUGGUCACAGGGAAACGUUGAGCUGCUUUGAUAAAACCAAGCCGAUCAAUCCGACAAAGCGAGCAGGAGGGCAUGGCCCAGCACGGGUCCCAGACCCGUCGGUCGAUCCUCACUACAACAACGCCACUGCCAAGUUCUCCUUCACCACCAAAGUGAACGGACCAGACAGCUACCAGAAGGCGCGGAGUCCCGUCCAUGAGGACUCACCGGGGGGAGCCUGCACUAGCCUGGCCAUCGGCAAGAAAGAGCUGAAGCCUAUCACCCCUCCAAUCUCGGGCGCUUUCAAAGUGAGAGAUAAUCCUCCAAACUCAGAGUUCCGACGAUUCUACGAGAGAGGAGACCUGCCCAUCGCUAUAGAACACCGGGGGGUUGGAAAUCGAAUCCAGUGGAAGAUCGACAUAGAAAAGCUUGAUUAUCAUCACUACCUCCCGAUCUUCUUUGAUGGCCUUCGAGAAAAAGAAGAGCCUUAUCGUUUCUUGGCCGUGCAGGGCACGUUUGACAUGCUUGAGCACGGAGGCACAAAGAUCUUACCUGUCAUCCCUCAACUCAUCAUCCCCAUCAAGACCGCCUUGAACACGCGGGAGCCAGGAGUAAUUGUCAUCGUGUUGAAGGUUUUACAGCAGCUCGUGGUGUCGGGAGAGAUGAUAGGAGAGGCGCUGGUGCCAUACUAUCGUCAGAUCCUCCCCGUUCUUAACAUCUUCAAGAACAGAAAUGUGAAUGUUGGUGACUGUAUAGUAUACAACCAGCGGAAAAGGAUGAUCCUCGGAGAUCUCAUACAAGAGACGCUGGAACUGCUUGAGACGCAUGGAGGCGAAGAUGCUUUCAUCAACAUCAAGUACAUGAUUCCUACAUAUGAGAGCUGCGUUCUCAACUAG